CUCGUGCCGUUUCCAUGGAUACUAUAAACUUACCACGGUCGUGCAGCUUUACAACAGGUUUCAACAAAACCUUGUGAAAUCCACAAACUACGAAAAUAAUAUACGUACUAGACGUCAAGACUAGUUUAGCAAUGUCUUGGAACUGGAACAGCCAUGGGUUACCAUUUUUACCAGGAUACACUUUUCGGGACGUAACGAAGUCAGCCUUCCAUCGCAGCCAGACACUGGACUAUAAGAAUGGCUAUGCUCUGCCCCGUCGCCCCACUGUGGGCAUUGGACAGGAUCCUCUUUUAUCAGUGCAGUUGAUCCAGCAGGAGAUGAAUGAGUUGUCCUUUGAGACACCAGACAUUACUUAUGGCUCCUAUGACCAGAGCCUAGCCGAAGACUUCAUCCCAGCUCACGUGGCCCUUGACAAGAAGGUGCUGCGCUUUUAUGCUUACUUUCAGGAAGAUAUCCUGUAUUCCCCUGAAGAGGAAUACCGCGUGCGCCCCGUGGUCAUUUACUACUACCUUGAGGAUGACAGCAUGUGCAUCAUUGAGCCCAUGGUGGAGAAUUCUGGGAUACCACAGGGGAAACGGAUCAAACGCCAGCGUCUGCCCAAGAAUGAACGUGGCGAGCAUUACCAAUGGAAAGACCUCAACCUUGGCAUGGACCUGGAGGUGUACGGGAUCAAGUACCACAUCACACAGUGUGACGCUUUUACAAAGGAAUUCAUGGAAAGUGAGGGCAUUGUUCUGAACGACUCUGAGCCGAUGCCUGUGGAUCCUUAUGGCAAACGUCGCAAACACCCUCAGCCUUCCUUCACAACACCCCCUGACUUCGAUCGCAUGCACCAGUUUUUCACCAUGGAUCGUAAGGUGCUGCAUUUCUUUGCCCUUUGGGACGACACUGACUCUCUGUACGGGGAGACCAGGCCUGUAACCAUCCAGUAUUUCCUGGUGGAUGACACAGUGGAGAUCAGAGAAGUUCACGAACCCAACAGUGGCCGGGAUCCCUUCCCUGUCCUGAUGCGCCGACAGAAGCUGCCCAAGAAAUUCAAAUCUGAGGCCUUUCCCAGCUGUGUGCUGGAGGUUUCAACAGAGGAAGUGGAUGAGUACUACUCCCCCAAAGACUUCCAGGUGGGUCAAACGAUGAAGUUGCUGGGCCGUCGCUUCCUGCUGUAUGACUGUGAUGGCUUCACUAAGGAGUAUUACCAGAAGAACCACCCUGACACGGAGGUGAAACCCGUAGAGUUGCCAAAGAAGAUUAACACGCUUCAGGAGAAGAAGAAGAAAGAGGUUCCUCCCUAUAAUGGUUUUGGUUCACUUGAAGACUCUCUCCAGAAUUGUUUGUCUUUAAUUCCUGAACCUCCCAAAAAGAACAUGCUAAAGAUGCUAGAAAACAGCCACAAAGUGUUGCGCUACAGUGCCACGCUGGACUCCCAGAAUCCCAAAGAUGAGGGCCGACAUUUCAUACUGUCCUACUACCUGUCCAAUGACAUGAUCAGUAUUUUUGAAAAGCCCACUCGUAACUCUGGUAUCAUCGGUGGCAAGUUCCUGGAGAAGACGCGCAUCCCCAAGCCGGGCUCUACAGUGGAGAACCCUGAGUUCUACUCACCUGCAGACUUUGCUAUUGGAGCCACUGUGGAGGUUUUCAGCCACCGCUUUGUGUUGACCAAUGCUGACCACUAUGUGCUGACAUACCUGGAGUCUUGCUCAAGCCAGAUCCCUUCUCAGACGCUGCAUUCUUUGCGCCAGAAGCUGGGUGGUGGGACGGCAACUAACUAGCUAGCAGACAGAAAUGUUUAUUUUCAUUCUUUAUUAGGUGAUGAUGCAGCAGAGCCAUCUUCCUGAUAUCAGGGGAAGGCUGGAUUGCCUCAAGUGUUUUCCCUCCCCACUAGACCACUAGAGUAUAAUCAAAGCCUUUGCAGAAUGUUUCUUAACUGGACCUGCUGCAGAAAAUGUGAUUUGUUUGGCUAAAUCGGAAAGGUUCUUAAAAUGUAUUGUAAAAUGUAAAAUAUAACUGUUUGGUGUUGGUGUGGUUGACCUCAAAAUACCCUUCUUAUAUUUGACAAAAAUAAACAUGAACACACAUGA